AUGAAGUCCAUCGUUACUCUGACCCUGUGGGCAACUCUUGUCCACCGGGCCUUCGGUUUUGGCGUCACAGCGAACAAUGAUGCCAAUGCGUUGGCCGCUGCCCUUUUCUCGGGCCCAGGCAUCACCAUCGUCUCGGCCUCGUUCACUGGAGCUGCAGCAAGCUCUGGAACUUUUGUUGACGGGCCUUUCGGAAUCGGCAGUGGUGCGAUAUUGACGUCGGGAACGGCAGUGGGUGCCCUCCCGAACGGAGACCACUACGUCAAUAACGGACAACCCGGUUCGAGCACAUACUGCGGCCCCAGCACGUUCAACGCGGCCAUCUUGUCCGUGGAUGUCAUUGUUGAUGUUGGGUAUGAUGGAAUCGACUUCGAAUACAUCAUGGCCUCGGAAGAAGAGGGAGGAUCUUCUGACCCAGUCGGUAUCUUUGUUGGUGGUACGCAGUACGCCAGAGAUCCGGACGGCAACCCGCUCACAGCAACAUCUCCAUGGCUGGCUAACCCCCUCGUCAUUAAGCCCCCAAACAGUGUCACCUCGUACCCUGGCUCGACGCCGCCAUUCUUACGGUCGGUUCUAGUGACGGGGGCACAGACAGUCGUCGUCGCUAUCUGUGACAAGGGCGAUUCAGAAUGGGAUUCUGGCCUCUUGAUUAAAGCUAGAGGCUGCACCACUGACUGCGACUCUGACGUCCGGCUCGCCUAUGUCACAACCACCAUCACAACCACAACGACAGGUACAUCGACCCAGACGGCGUCUGGAACUGUGUCAGGAACCAUCUUUGUUUCUGUCACGGCGGAAACGACAACGACUACUGCUGAAGAGACCACCACCACAGUAGCUGAGACCACUACUACUGCUGAAGAGACAACCACCACCACAGAGGCUGAGACUACUACUACGACAGCUGAGACAACAACUGAGGAAACGACAGCUACCACGGCUGAAACCACGACCGAGACCACUACUGAAGAGACAACGACUACUGCCGAAACCACGACGGAAACCACCACAGCGGAGACGACAACUGCCGAGACAACUACCACUGAAGAAACGACGACUACGGCAGAGACUACCACUGAGACCACAACGUCGGAGGAGCCAACAACCACCACGACUGAGGAAACGACUACGACUGAAGAGUCUACCACCACGACCGAAGAAGGCACAACAACCCUCGAGACGACUACCGAGACGACUACUUCAGUGGACACUACAACGGAGACCUCCAUCGAGCCGACCACAACAGAGACGACUACGAGUGAUGAGACUACAAGCACAGAAGAGACGACUACUGAGACUACCUCGGACCAGUCGACAGAAACCACAACAAGUUUGACUACCGAAACAACCACAACCAAUGAGUCACCCACCACUACCGAAUCAGUCACAAGCAGUGAAGCAUCUACAUCCCUUGAGUCGUCUGAAACCUUGAGUACCGAGUCAUCAGAUACUACCUCUCAAGUUCCCACCACAUCUGUUGAAUCAAGCUCCAUUACCCUCGACUCGACCUCGAUUUGGAGCAGCGAGUCAUCCGACACAACCACUCAAGAAUCAACCCUUGAGUCCAUCAGCACAGAGACAUCUACAACUCUUCAAUUGUCGUCAGACGAGUCAGCCUCGACGGAAAUCCUCUCAUCCACCAACACCGAGCUCCCAACCGUCAUGAGUGUAGAAUCAUCCACAACUGAGAGCAGGCAGCCUCCGCCGACCACGAGCACCCAGCUUCUACCUGUGAUGAGUUCUGAAGCCUCAUCCACCGCGGGUACUGAAGAGUCGACCAGCGAAAUGAUCCCGCCCGAAUCUUCAUCACUGGAGCCUUCGAUUCCAAUCUUGGAACCCACUACCUCAGACUCCAUGUUCACUGUGCUACCAACCCUUGCUCCGCCGUCCGAGAGCACCACCUCGGCAGAGCCAAUAGACGCAUCAUCCGCCGAGACCCCAAGUCCGGAGCCCUCAGUCUCGGAGACUGUCAUCACAGUUAUUCCUCUGCCCCCUUCAGCCUCUACAGCAGUGGAAACCUCUACAGAAGCUGCCGCAGCUUCCAACUUGCCAUUGAUCGAGGCUUACGAAUUCGUCGGCUGUCUCGGCUCUCGACAAAGUUAUCCUACCUUUUCAGAGCUGCUGACAGACCCGGAGAUGACGACUGCGCGAUGCAUUGAGCUGGCGGCUGGCAGAAAAUACGUGGGCCUCUACUUCCGGUCAUGCUACGUCGCGGAUGAAUUGACCGACACGGGCUUUGUGCAGAAUGGACAGUGCGAUCUUCCUUGUCCCGGUGACCCUGGUCUCUUCUGUGGUGGAAAUGUCGUCGACCGACGUCGUGCUGUCGCCGCAGACAGGCUGUUGACACUCUAUGCCCUCACCCAAGCCGUGGAUAGUUCGUCCAUCGAAGUGAUACCCUCGACUUCAGAACCACUCAUUCCAAGUUCCAUUGCCCCGAGUCUAUCUCCCACUUCUACAGACGACGUCGCCCCUAUCCUCAAUCCUUCUUCUAUCGACAUUCCUUCCAGCAUCCCUCCUUCAGAUGAAACUUCAGCAAACAACUUGCCCACCCCUUUCCCCACUCAAGGCCCCUCCCCUCCCAAGGGUUACGCUUUCAACGGCACUCAGACGGUCGAUGCCAUUUACGCAUCCACUGUGACAACAGUUGUUUACCAAACCAUCAAUCCACUGGACCCCGAGUACUUGACCGUUACCGAGGUUGUCAUCACUUUGGGAUACUACCCAUGCGGUCGCUGUGCAGUCCAACCCAUCCCACCGGUGGAGAUGACGACGAUUGUUGAGCCGUGUAAGGCUUGUGGAUGGCAGGGCGCGAACAGUGUCACCCUCACCAUCCCCAAGGCUGCUUGCACUCAGGCCGCGGGUGAAGGAGACUCAUCUCAACCUGGUGCAUGGCGCCGUCCGGUACCUCACAAUGCUGCGAAUGGCGUGCAUUGGGGUGCCGAAGCCAAGGCCACAGAACCAGCAAGUCCGGACCAUAGAAACCAGUACUCCCCGCCUGCAGGAAACGAUGGUGAGCAUGUCCAGCAACAGCCUGCCGCGACACACCAAGCUCAGCCCGCCAUGCCAAAGGAGCCAGCUCCAGAUGCCUCCUUGCUACCUCCGACACCAGCCGAAACAGAGCCGACUCAGCCAGAGAACUACCAGUGGGACGACCAGGACGAAUUUGCCUCCCGACAACCCUCUGCAAUCAGCACUCAAGCAGCUCCAAAGUCUGUUGGUGGAUCGGAGGAUUCUAAUCUUCCUACCGGAAACAGCCCUUGGGGACCGACUGAGUCCAUUGUUGUGGUUGCGAAGGGUGUGGUGAAUGGAGUCAACGGGUUCAUGAUGGCUCUGUUGGUGUUGCUCGUUACCUUCUAUUAG